AUGGAUGGUAAUGAUAAAACAGAGUUUAACUAUUGCAAAAUGAAAUUGGGAGCGAAUUCGAAAAAUGGUACAAGGAAACUGUCUACACUAACUGUUGAUAAUUGCACCACAAAUGAUGCAAUAAUCAACAUAUUGUUGGACAAGCUUCCAAUGAGUUCACUUAUGAUGGGUGGGAGGUUGUUCCACAUGCAAUGUUGCGCACACAUUCUCAAUUUGAUAGUUCAAGAUGGACUGGCUGUUCUUGGGGACGGGAUUGAAAGGAUUAGAGAUAGUGUGGCCUUUUGGACUGCAUCGCCAAAAAGAAAUCAAAAGUUUGAGGAAGCAGCUCGCCAAUUAGGAAUAUCAUCCACCAAGAAAUUGGCAAUUGAUUGCAAGACUCGAUGGAAUUCUACUUAUUUGAUGAUUAGUGUUGCUAUAGUUUACAAAGACGUUUUUCAACGCUUACACCAACGAGAGUCUCAAUAUAAAAGUUUGCCAACGCAGCGGGAUUGGGAGUUUGCUAAAGAGAUUUGUGAUAGAUUGCAAUUAUUUUAUGAGGUAACGGUAAUGUUUUCUGGUUCAAAGUAUCCCGCUACAAAUGUAUUUUUUCCAUCGAUAUGUGAAAUUAGGUAUUCUUUGGUCGAUUGGUCAUGUUCUCCUAGUGAAGUUAUUAGAAGCAUUGCUAAAAAGAUGCUUUUGAAGUUUGACAAGUAUCGGUCUGUUAUACAUGGGAUUAUGGGAAUGGCAGCGGUUUUAGAUCCUUGGUAUAAAUUGAAGUUUGUGGAGUUACUUUUUCCCGUGUUGUACGAACAAGACAAAUCAGCGAUUGAACUUGAAAAGCUUAAGAAAUUGGUCUACACUUUACUUCAAGAAUAUGAGUUUAGUGAUCCUGGCAUAAGAAACAAUAGCGAAAGGUGUAUUACAACAGAAUUGGAUAAUUAUUUGAAAGAGAAACUUUUGCCUAAAGACAUGGAACUUGAUUUGCUACUUUGGUGGAAGACAAAUGGGUUUAAAUACCCAACACUUCAAAGGAUGGCUAGAGACAUAUUAGCCGUUCCUAUUUCGAUUGUCGCCUCAGAAUCUGCAUUUAGUACCGGUGGAAGAUUGGUAACUCCACAUCAAACUUGUUCUGAUGAGACCGAAGCAUAUUGCCGUAUGAUUGAGUAUGAUUAUGACGUGGAAGAGAUCCGGGUUCGGGUUCGGAUUCAGGUAAAAUCAAUGGUUGACGAUUAUUCUGCUCUUAACGGGUUACCAACGGAGAUCGGGGAAACCGCGGGGACCCGAUAA